UGAAUAAACCCCUCGAAUAUGUAAAUUUUGCACAUGGCCCAAAAAGCUUGAACAACUUGCAAUUAGACCCCGUGUUGGAUAUUAUAAACAGGGAUGUAAGUGCUCACUUUCUAAACCUUAGGGGCUAAAUCGAUCGCUAUUACACUUCACGCAAGUUUACUCGUCAUUGGUUUUUUUCAGCUACUACCCAGCAGUAGUACUAUUCCGGUCACAGCAAUGGAGUCCAAAGUCCUCCCAAUUACUCCGGCGCCGUUUCCGUCACUUUCUGCCUUUACGGCUUCCUCCGAUGAAGCCACGAACUGGAAUAUUCAAAGUCCGGCUGCAAAAUCGCCGGCGCCACCAACAACGCCAUCGACGCCGUCAUCCUUUCAAGAUAUACGGCGAUGGAGACCAGCGGCGCAACGAAACCUGAGAAACCAGUGGUCGAAGUUGUCUUCUCUUCGAACGCAAUGGCUUUCUUUAUCCUCCACUGCUCGAUCACACGCCACUUAUGUUGUAAAUUCUUAUCUCUCCCAAAGAUAUAUGGAUGCAAUGGAGUUAGGUGUAUUGACAGAGAUGCCUGAUAUACGUAAAAAAGCACGUAGGAAAUUGUUCAAGCAGCAGGAGGCUAAUAGGAGUAAGCUCUUGUCAUCUUACAAAGAUAUGGUUGCUGUUGUAACUCAGAUGGUCAAUGUUUCUAAAUCAAUGAGGUGUUAUCUCAAAGGAGCAAGUGGCACCCCACUUACUGAGUUUUCUUGCUUCCCUGGACACCUGAAUGACACUGGUGAUUGUGAUGGGAUUCCUGUUUUCACCUUUUGGUCAAUCUUUGAUUUCGAGAAACUGGCAGAGGAGCUGGUCCAGAUGUUUGUGUCAGAAACAAAUCUAAAGCGGUUGCUAGUGAUGGAACUAUGCUCCAUUGGUUCCGAGAAUUUUUCACAAGUUGACAGGCUAAAAUGGAGUGAUCAUUUCUAUGUUGGAGAGUUUGAUGAUCUACGCAUAUGUGACUCAAACUCAAACGAGGUUCUUAAGCAACUCGAGCCCAAGGUAGAGAGCUGCAAUUCUCAGUCUACCACCAUGCAAUCAAAUAGUCAACUUGAGAGGAACGUUCUCCAGGUUUACUUAACAACCUGGCUCACAGAGGUCAAUGUCGAUAGAUUCAGGAUAGGUGAAUUACUUGCUAUGGUAGGUGAGGAGAUGCAUGUUACCAUAUCAUGAAGCCACAACUACACAUAGGUAAACAAUGGUGAACAAACGCUUGAAAUUCUCUAUUGUUGCAUAUUUCCAAGAUUGAAACCCGAAGAAGGCAUUGGACUGUGACAUUGUCUGGGCUCAACCAUAUGCCUAAAGAGGCAUUGAGUUGAUCAUCAAGCUUCUAAGAUGUUUAUCUUCAAACUUCAAAACAAUGCUGAUGAAUCUAUUGACCUGAACAGGGCGGAAUGGAUACAAAGGAUUCACAUGAUGACCCCAACUAAAUUGAGGUUGAGGUGUAUAAAAACUAACUUAAAUUGGGUUUUAGAUGGUGAAGUCUUCCAGGAGGAGCUAUCCAACUUACAAACAAGAGUACUGCUGCUUUCCAGGCAUAACCGCAAUAUGGUUACUAAAUACUGUCUUUGUUUGUCAAAGCAACCAGCGGAUGAAGUGGCACAUCAGUACAUUUAGUAAUAUGAAAGUGAAGAGGCUGGCCCUAGCAAGAACAGCUGACUGGCUGUUCUAUUAACUUUGUUUCUCUUUCUUUUGGAAUGGGAGUAGAGAUGCUAUAUACAUAAAUCUGUUUUCCAUAAUUUUACCAUUUGCAUCAGAAUUUAUAUUAACAUCAGAAGAAGAUCUGGACAGAUGGUCUUAAUUUCACAAAGCGUUUUGCUUUAUAAGUGUUAAUACUCUUUUGAAGAUGGAUCUCAUGAAA